UCAUUUGAAUCGAGGAAUGAACUAAUAACCAACAUUGGUUAACCAAGUUGAGAACCUGGGCUCUUAGAAUUGAAACAUUGGCACUCAAAAAAUGUUGUCAAUAGCAAGGCGACUCCAAACACAAAACCCAUGCCCAUGUCUUCUGCAACUCCGAUUCGCCGGCACCGACGCCGGCCAUUACCGGAACCGCCGUCGUCAAAGUUUCACUGCUAAAAUGAAAAAAAACCGACGACAAAUCGGAGUGGUGGGUUAUCGACGGCGAGAUGCACGAAAUCGGAGAAAACGUCCCUUUAAGAGAACGCUUCGUCAUUCCCAGAGAUAAUCUUCCCAAUAGACGUCGCAAGCAGCUUCGCGACCAGUUUAUGCGCCGCACUCGUCUUGUUCUUAAAGAGACUGAGCAAGAAUCUUUCUGCAAAAAGUACAUGCAACUGUACAAUGAGCUCAGAGAGAACUGGGAACGGUUAUAUUGGGAUGAAGGGUACUCUAAAAAGCUUGCUGCUGAUCAUGCAAACUACGACUCUCCUGAAGAAGAAGAUGAUGGAGACUUUUCACCUUACAGGAGAGGUGGAUCACAUGCAGGGCAACUCCAGGAACAAGGUUUGUCAAGGAACAGACAAACUGAAACUUGGGAGAAAGUCCACCAAAUUCGGGAUAAAUUUGAAUAUGACAGAGAGAUGAGAAUGAGAGACAAAGCUUUUGCACCAAUGAACACGAGAAACUCAGUUGGUGAUCAUAGACCACCCUUCAGGAAUCAACCCUUUGAUGCAGAGAGAUACUUUUCUGGAGAGGAAGAGAAAGAAGAUUAAAAGCUGUUGAAUGGAUUAUGUUCAGUUUAUUGACCAUAGUUCUUAAAUUGAGGAAGUUUGGGAAAAAUCUCUUGCUGAAUAAACCACUUUUGAGACACCUUUCUCAUACAACCAACCUAGGGUAAGGGGGUUGUUUGUGGAUUAUAACGAAGGUCCUGAAAGAAAAAGCACAGUGGUGCCUACGACCAAAACUUUUAAGAGUUCAUCCUUGUUGGCCGAAGUCCAGUUUCUUAGGCUUUGCCAUGAGCGUGCUGAUUGGUUUGCUGGAAAUGAACAGCGUAGAUUCUAUAAGUGAAAUCUAUAUUAGACUUUGACUUUUUGCUUUUGAUGUAUUAUUUACGAUGAAGAAUAUAAAUUCAUGAGGGAUUCCUGUUGUGCUUCCUGUCAUGUUCUGAUGAACAACUCUUUUAGUGAAUAAUUUUUAGGAGUUUAUUAUGUCAAAGAACAAUUUGUUAUGUAUUGGAACUAAUAUGGAAUAAAGAACAAUUUUUAACAUCAUCAACUCUACUUGUUCAAAGGUAUUGCAACAAAAUAAGAUGGUUGUCUUCAGUGUUGCUCUGCUGCUUGGUGACAACUCUGGAAACUGAGACUGGGGGUCAUUGGUCUUAUUGCUAUAAGUUCAAUUUUUUCAAUAUAACUAGUAUAGGCUGCCAAGUAUGCAUUUGUUUCUGUGGUGGAUAGCUUUAACAGUGAUUGAUGGUAUGAUGUUGCAGGAUUUUCCUUACUUUUUUUAGGUUUUAAUUGCUAGAUUAUGUAUGAAGGUAGCUAGGUAUGAAGGCAGGUAUAACCGUAUAAGUGAACUGAGUUCUGUGAGUACUUGCGAAUCGAAAACUUUCCUAACAGAUAAAGAGAAACUUGUGCAAUUUCAAUAAUUUUGAUAACCAAGGUUGACGUAAAAGAAGAAACUUUUGCAAGUUGCAACCACAUUUGGUUUACAUUUAUUUGCUUCAAUAACCUAAGCAGUACACAUUACAAACCACACUUGUGAAAAAAAAAAAAAAAAAAA